AUCCUUUUCUGUCCUUUUCCGUACCCCUUCUCUCUCAUGUAGGGAGAUGGCCUAACUUGUGGGGGUGGAGAUGAUUCGACGAGGGCUUUCUUGUAAUUUCACAUGCGCUGUAUCUUCCUCAACUGCUCAGAAUCGUCGACAGUGCUUUUCUGUUGACGGGUAUUUCUAUAUCUUGCAAAACAACCUUCUCAACUUUCUCUCUCUAUAUAUAUAUGUAUGUAUUUAAGGGCAUCUUCAUUUCCUCUGCACCUUCCCCACCUGCCUCCAGCUUUUCUCCCAGCUCACGAUUUUAAUGUGGCUACGAAAAUUAGGGUUCAAUGUGAAGCUCGCUUUGAUUUGAAUCAGGAUUUGUGGAUUCAGCUGCGAAGAUCUGAGGUAUAGUUGCAAAUUGCAAUGAAGCAGCAGAAAUCGGACGGUGAAUCCGACCGAGGUUUCAGCCGCUUCGAUCUUCUCUCGGAGGAGAUAGUUUUCAUAAUCCUCGAUUUCUUAAACGAGAAUCCUCUGGAUAAAAAAUCCUUCUCCCUCGUUUGCAAAUCCUUCCACUCUCACGAGUCUCGUCACAGGAAGUUCCUGAAACCUCUGCGCUCGGAGCACUUGAAGAAAGUUCUCACCAGAUAUCCGUAUGUCUCGAAUCUCGAUCUCUCGCUGUGCCCGCGAAUCACCGACGCUUCGCUCGGCAUUAUCUCGAGCGGCUGCGGCGGAGCCUUGCAGUCGAUUAAUCUAUCGAGGUCUAAGUUUUUCACUCAUUCGGGGCUGUCGAAUCUGGUGAUGAACUGCGGCAAUUUGGUGGAGAUUGAUCUGUCGAACGCUACGGAUCUUAGGGAUUUGGCAGCGGCAGCCGUGGGCGAGGCUAAGAACUUGGAGAGGCUGCGGCUGGUGAGGUGUAAAUCGAUUACAGACAUUGGGAUAGGUCGAAUCGCUGUGGGGUGUAGGAAGCUGAGAUUGCUUAGCUUGAAAUGGUGUUUGGGUGUCGGCGAUUUGGGGGUUGGCUUAAUCGCUGUUAAAUGCAAGGAGCUUCGAUCUCUGGAUCUCUCUUAUCUGCCUAUAACCAAUAAAUGCAUAUCACAAAUCUUGGAGCUACAAUGCCUUGAAGAUUUGGUUCUGGAAGGGUGUUUUGGUAUCGAUGACGACGGCCUUGCUGCUCUCAAUCCGGGAUGCAAAUCCUUGGAGACACUUGAUAUGUCGAGCUGUCAGAAUGUAAGUCAUGUGGGCUUGUCUUCCCUAACCGGUGCAGUGCGAUGCCUCCGGAAAAUCAUUUUAUCAUACGGUGCUCGUGUGGAUCUUGCCCUUGUCGACAGUCUGCGAAAGCUCUCCAUGUUAAGAUCGAUCAAACUAGACGACUGUCAGGUCACUUGUUCGGGCCUGAAAGCAAUCGGAAACUGGUGCGUAUCGUUAAACGAACUGAGCUUAAGCAAGUGUAUCGGCGUGACCGACGAAGGACUCUCUUCCAUUGUUACGAAACACAAAGACUUGAGAAAACUCGACAUCACUUGCUGCCGCAAAAUCACACACGUUUCGCUUGCCCAUAUUACGAAUUCUUGUACCUUCCUGACAUCCCUCAAGAUGGAGCUGUGCACCUCAAUUGUUGCCGAAGCGUUUGUGUUGAUCGGGCAGCGAUGCGAGUUUCUCGAGGAGCUCGACCUUACCGAUAAUGAAGUCGACGACGAAGGCCUGAAAUCUAUCUCGAGGUGCUCAAAACUCUCGAUCUUGAAGCUGGGAAUCUGCUUGAACAUAACCGACGAGGGACUUGCCCAUAUCGGCGCAGGCUGUUCGAAGCUCAAGGAAGUGGACUUGUACAGAUCGGCGGGGAUUACCGACGAAAGUAUUUUAGCCAUCGCUACGGGCUGCCCGGGCCUUGAAAUGAUCAACAUAGCCUAUUGUAAACUGAUAUCCGAUCGUUCGAUGAUGUCGCUGUCGAAAUGCUCAAAAUUGAACACGCUGGAGAGUCGAGGAUGUAGUAUGAUUACAUCGUUGGGCAUAACAGCUAUCGCUGUCGGAUGCAAGCAACUUUCGAAGCUGGACAUAAAAAAAUGUCUCAAUAUCGAUGAUACCGGAAUGAUCCCGCUAGCUCAUUUUUGUCAGAAUCUCAAGCAGAUUAAUUUGUCCUACACGUCGGUGACGGACGUCGGGCUUUUGUCACUCGCAAGUAUCGGGUGCCUACAGAGCCUGACAGUCCUCCACCUCAACGGGUUGUCUCCUGGCGGGCUGGCGGCUGCACUUCUGGCGUGCGGUGGACUGACGAAAGUGAAGCUUCACGCAUCGUUUAAGUCGUUAUUACCGCAGCUUCUGUUCAGACAUUUGGAUGCGCGAGGCUGCGCUUUCCAGUGGAGAGACAAAGUCUUUCAGGCUGAUUCCGACGAUCCCAAGUGCUGGAAAUUACAGGUUGCGGACGCGGAAUGAAAGCGAAACUGGUACUAAUCCUGAAAACCAUAAUCUCUACGGGGCUCGUCGAAUUCGUGGCUUUGUUACCUGUCUUGGUAUAGUCUGUUUUUUAUUUCAACAAUUAUUGCCUUGUGCCUAGUUCUUGUUAGUUUUAAUUACAGUUGUUUUGAUCGAAUUGCCGAAUGUCUUUGGCUCAGAAGACUGAAAAGUUUACAUCUUUAGAAAUUGUUUGUCGGAUUAAGGGUUUGUUAGAAUCCUGUUUAAUCCUAACUCAUAAUUAAUAGCAGCUGAUUCGCUUUUAACCUCAAAUUUUACAGCUGAAUCAGUCUUACACUA